AUUGAUUGAUGACUCUAUCUUGGAAGGAGCGAAGCUCCAUACAAGUUGAUAUGUGGGGGGCUCUCGCCUGGCGUGGCGCUAGGCCUAUUUAGGCAGGUGAGGUGUUCCCCCGGGCCCGACGCGCUUCUUCCUCCUGCUCCUCUCCGUCUGACUCUAGCAGUCGACUAUCGCGGGGGUAGUGCCAUUGUCCUUGUCCACUCGACUGCAUUUUGUUGUUUGAGUCUCAUCUAUGUAUUAAUGCUUUUGCAUAUGCAUAUUCAUUCAUUCGAUCAUUAAUUAGACACGCCUUCUUCCAUGUCGACCACCCCCAACCCGCGCCGUCGCGGGUCGCCCGCCUCGGCAUCCACCCCCCUCGGAGACAGAGACGCGACGCUCACGGGGCUCCAGCGCCUCCCCCUCCACUCUCACAACCCCAUCACCCCCAGCCGCCUCGCGACAUCAACAACCCCCUCGGCCAAUCGCUCCGCUUCGCGACGCACACCGCGAAAUAGGGGCGUAGGGGCUCCCUCGACGCCAUAUGGACUCCGCGCGAUGCAGCGCCGGGCGGCGAAGCCGGCCAGAGACCGACGGAAGAGCGUGAAAGUGCAGCGGGAGACGACGUUUGAUAUUCUAAGGAAUUUAGGGAGGGCCCUCGCGCCUGUAUCCCAACCCAUUGAGUCCUCGCCGCACAUACCAGAGCCGGAGCCGGAGCCGGAGCCGGAGAUAGACGAGAUCGAGGAGCUUGAUAACGAGCCGGAGGUGGAACGGCCUCGGCUUUCGUUGCCUCUGGAAGACGUGGCGGAAGAAGAAGACGAUGAUGCGAGUCCCGAGCCGCGUCCGCCUAGGCUUUCGUUGGCGUUCGAGGAGGAAGAUAUCACGGUUGAGUAUCCCCGUCGAGCGGCCGAUCAAGAAAAAGCGCGACUGUCGAUGAUGAGCUUUGGCGGGCCUCGAUUGAGCGAGAAUUUUAGGGAGGCGGGGUUAGAGAGUGAAGAUGAGGACGGCGAUGAUACAGGUAUUGCGGAUGAUGAAAACCCCGACGAGACGAUUAUCAGUCAAGGGGCCUUUGAUAGGGGCGGAGAGACGGAAGACCUUGGGAAGUUCAAUUUGGACUUCAAUUUCCCGUCCCCGGUCCCGGUUGCAAAUGAGGACUUGGAUCAGGAUCAGGCCAUCAACGAUGAUGAUGGAUUCGAACUUCCAGCCGUGGACUUACCCGAAGAGACAGGAUUCGCUUCUGACAGCGAUGAUGGCAAUGAGCCUAUUGCUGACUUCGGCAUGGACGUCGAUCUGGACGCGAAUAUGGACGCGAAUCUAGACGCGAACCCGUCGCCUCGCUGGUCCCCAGCACCUAUGAGCGAAAGUCCGGGGAUCGUUGGAGGAGGGCUGCGUGAGGAAGAUACUAUCAUGCAAGGCUCGAAGCAAAAGAAACUCUCGCGCCAUGGCAUCCCCGUUCCGAACAUGCCCGCCGGAGUCAUCAAGAAGCUGGCUACGCGAUUUGCGCCGGCAAGGGCUGGGUCCAAAACCAAGAUGAACAAGGCAACCUUGGCGGCAAUCGAGCAGGCCUCGUCAUGGUAUUUCGAGCAAGUGAGCGAAGACCUGGCUGCGUAUUCCAAACACGCGGGACGGAAGACGAUCGACGAGUGUGAUGUGGCCGCUCUCAUUCGAAGACAACGCCAUACAAACAAUGCAACCACUAUGUUCUCGCUGGCGCAAAAGCAUCUGCCCAAAGAACUCUUGCAGGAUAUGAGACUGUCGAUGCCGCCAUGAAAUAUACAUUUUAUACAAAUCUACCUAGCUAACGAAACCGAACGCCCGCAACAAAGCUGAACAGGGGUAAAUCACCAGUUCCGGUUGGCGCGGACCCGACGUGUGGCCUCGUUGGGUCUCUUCCGGAUAAUCAUCCACAGCAUGAUUGAGGUUGCCAAAGACAAUCCGUACCUGCAAAGA